AUGCUCUUUCGAUCUAUCCGCCAUCUCCCUCGACUUCAUCGAGGUUUUGCCACCCAAGUCGGCCCUGUAUCGACGAUACCUGCGUCAAUUCAUCUUAAAACGGGACAAUCAUUCCAUGGACGUUCUUUCGGCGCCCCUAGGAGUGUCUUUGGAGAGACUGUCUUCUCAACCUCAAUUACUUCCUACACAGAAUCCAUGACGGACCCAUCCUACCGAGGACAGAUACUUGUCUUCACCACGCCUCUCAUUGGAAACUAUGGUGUUCCCGCUAACGCUACACCGUGUGACUCACAAGACGUUGGCGUCGUCCUUGAGUCCAAGGGAAUACAAUGUUCUGCUAUUGUAGUCGGCGAUGUUGCCGAGCAAUUUUCUCACCACGCUGCUGUGGAAUCUCUUGCGUCAUGGUGCAAACGUUAUGAUGUCCCCGGAAUUACUGGCGUCGACACCCGUGCCAUUACGCGGCUGCUUCGUGACCAAGGUACAACGCUGGGCAGACUUGCCGUUGGGCCUGACGUAUCGCUCUCCCCUCCAUCCGCCGAAGAAUACUGGGAUCCGACGGCCGAGAAUCUGGUCGACCAGAUCUCCACGAAAACUCCCUAUGUCCUCAAUUCUGCAGGCUCCAUCAAAAUUGCAGUCCUAGACUUUGGCGCCAAAGCUAACAUUAUGCGCUCGUUGGUACGCCGCGAUGCUGCCGUCACUGUUCUUCCUUGGAACUAUGAUUUCAAUGAUGUUCGGGAUCAAUACGAUGGAUUAUUUUUGACCAACGGGCCAGGUGAUCCUGCUCAUUGCAUGGAGGCCGCGUUGAAGCUUCGCAAGACGCUUCAAGAGUGGGAUAAGCCAGUUUUUGGUAUCUGCAUGGGACAUCAAGUCAUCGGGAUGGCUGCUGGACUGGAUGCUUACAGGAUGACAUUUGGAAAUCGCGGUCACAAUCAGCCAGUGCUUGCCUUGGCCUCUGCAGGAUCUAUCAAGGCCGGGAGAGUAUAUGUUACCAGCCAAAAUCAUCAGUAUGCUCUCAAGCUCCAGGAUCCUUUCCCUCAGGGCUGGGAGCCAUUUUUCAUUAACUGCAAUGACUCAUCCGUCGAAGGGAUAAAGUCCACCAAGGAGUCUGGCAAAAAGGUGUGGGGUGUGCAGUUCCAUCCCGAAAGUGCUGGGGGUCCUUUGGAUACAAUUGAAAUGUUCAGCGACUUCGUUGCCGAAUGCCGCGCACACAAAAUGCAAUUCCAGGAGACAGCCUUCAGUCAUGACAUAAAGGCUGCUCGGCUUGGAACAGUGGCAGAGCCCUGA